UGCAUUUUUCACUAUUGCCGGCUGGCUGUCGCUUUUUCAAAGAAACUCAUUUGAUUUCGGGAUAUCCCCGGAAUUUGAAGUGCAUUUCAGUCUUUCGAUCGCAAUGAGUCGCGAAGUGCUCUCACCUCCUGUCCAAGCCAUGAGCCAAAACCGGCGCUAUAGGGUUAACAUUGUUCACGAAGACUUUGGGGGCGACAAGUGGAAUGGCCAAAAUAAACGUUCCGAAGGAGAUAACAAGGCCUACGAGGAGCCAGACUUAUAUGGCGAGGACGAUGACGAAGAGGAUCCGGCUGCCAAUAACAUUGAGGAGUCACCAAAUGGCGAUUUCAAGCUGGCUCUUCAUGUGCCCAAAUCUUUCUAUGGAGGACUAAUUGGCCUCAAGGGUUCUACAAAGCGCCGCAUCGAAGAGGAGACCAGAACAGAGCUCUAUGUUCCACGUCAGAACGAGAGAUCCAACGACGUGAUUAUCAGGGCCAAACAACGCAGUCAGGUGUGCGCUGCACUGCGUCAGAUCCGCCAUCUUAUCACCUCCCUGCGAAAGAAGAUGAAGCCCACCCACUUCUUGGCCGUGGCCCUGAACUCUGGGGAAGUUCAGGAGCGUUAUAUAGAGCUUAAGAAAAGCAUUUUGGAGGCCCAGUUGCCUGGUAUUGAUAAGGAGUUAUUCAUGCCUGAGAGCAGUAUCCACCUUACCUUAGGUGUCUAUGUGCUUUUAGAUGAUGAUGAACGCCAAAGGGCCCUCAAGGAGCUGGAGGCCUGUCGGCCCUUACUGGCUGACCUGAAAACUCCUUUCGAAAUGAAAGUCAACGGCCUGGAGAUCAUGAACGACGAUCCCAGCUCCACGCGCGUCCUAUACGGUUGCAUCGAGUCACCGGACCUGCAGAGGUUCGCAGAUCAGUGCUUGGCCCACUUCCAGAGUACCGGGCUGUGCGCCACGGAUAACAACGAACGUGAAUCCAUCAAACUUCAUAUGACUCUGAUGAACAACCGCUACCGCAAGGAGGCAAUGAAGUCUGGAAACAGCUUCGAUGCCCGCGAAAUCCUGAAGCGCUUUGGGGACUUUGACUUCGGAGCAGCUCAGUGCCAGGCAGUGCACCUGUGCGUGCUGAAAUCGCGCGGGGAAGACGAGUUCUACAAAAUAACCGGCAGUCUGGAGUUCUAAGAAUUUGUGUAGAUAAUUAUCGGAUAUGGGUUGUAAAAGAUUAUUUCCAAAAAUACAUAUAACUACAAAUGGGAAUUUUGCAUAAAUAAAUGAAAUCACAGAUUCUUAAA